AUGCUCCCAACCAAGUCUACCCCGAAAAUCCCUCCACUAAUUCCUGCACGUAUCCAUUUCCAUCUCCCGCUGCAUCCCCGCUGGAAUAGCACGACUAGCCAUAGUAGCAGCAGCAAAAGUACCAUGAGCGUUCACAGCUCGCCCCGCCUCCGACGCUUCCAGCAAGCGCAAGAAUCCAUCUACGGCGACUUCAAUUCCAUCUCGGACCCCAGGCACUGGUCCCCGCCUCCGAACUUAGGCGGCCAUCGCGGCCGAUACCUCUGGACCGACGCAUUUGGCGUGAUCAAUUUCCUCACACUGCACCGGGAGACCGCAUUGCAGCAGACCUCCCCCGUACCAAACGACAGAUACCUUAUCCUUGCCUGCCGCCUCGUCGAGACAGUUCACGAGAUUCUCGGACGUACGCGCGACGGACUCAACCGACUCCCCGGCGCAACAGACACCAAUCCUUUAGGCGGGGGUCUUCGUAUCGGAAAGCCAGACGCGACAGGCCCGGACGCCGAAGGCCAGUAUCACCACUAUCUAACGGUGUGGAUGUUUGCGCUGAACCGUCUCUCCCUGGCGACGGGCGAUCCGAUAUACAAUCGACAAGCGGUGGCGCUGGCACAGGUUAUCCAUCCGCGGUUCUUUGUGGGUCGCGAAUCCGCCCGGCCGCGCAUGGUGUGGAAGAUGGCGGUGGAUUUGUCGGCGCCGAUGGUGGUUUCGGAGGGGAAUUUGGACCCUGUUGAUGGAUAUGUCGUGUUUAGGCUGUUACAGGCGGCGGCAAAGCAGGCAGGGGAAGGGAUUGUGUUGGCGGAUGAGAUCGUGGAUUAUAGGCGCAUCAUGCGCAGGAGGGGAGAGCACUAUGUGUCUGAGGAUCCGCUGGAUCUGGGGAUGACGAUGUGGACGGUCCAUUGGUUUGUGGAGAAGGAGGAAUGGGCGACAAGAUUGGCGGGUCAGGCAGAUGAGCGAGUUGACGAUCUGUUUGAAGUCGAGCGCUACUUCGAGCGGAGCAUCAAGUCUCGUCUGGCAUUCCGCGAAUUCGGCACCUGCUUGGGUCUUCAGUGCAUUUCGGAGCAGUUGUCGGAGAAAGAGGGAGCCGUGGAUCUCAAGGCGCAUGCCGACUCCAUUCUGGACUUCUGGGAACCAUACAUGGAGCAGUCACUUGGGACGCCGGAGGAUCUGCGGCCCAUAACAAAGGUCAUGUAUGCAUCGGCGUUGCUGCCAGGAGCAUUUCGCCACGGAUAUUUAGGUCCAGAGCCUGUCCCUAAUCGGGAAACGUAG